AGCAUGUGGCCCAAUGCCGUGCGCCAUGCGGGUGCUGUGGUGCCUCGUGGCAGCAGGCCUGGCCGUCAAAUUCAAUGAAGAUGCUCGCUCACCAGAGCACCUCGCCCAAGUGCAGGCGAAGGCAGAGCUGGUCAGACUACGUGAGCAAGUAGCCAUUGCUGAAGAGCAAGAGGCUGACGUGCAAGAGAGGCUCGCAGCCUCAGAGGAGCGCGUGGCAGCCCUGCGGCGGAAGCUUCGGGACUUGCGCAAGGAGCCGUCGCUGUCCUUCCUGCAGUUGGCCUCAGACUCAAAGACGGACUCCGAGUCGGAGUUGCGCGAGACCCAGGAGAAGCUCUCCAAAGAGGAGGACCGCGCAGAGGUGACACGCUUGCUGCUGCUGGAUCAGAAGCGGCGCGUGGCUUCGGAGAAGAACAAGCUGGAGCUGCUGCAAAACCUUCAGAAGAGGAUGGAGGCCACCGCCAAAGAGCGUCAGCGUGUGCUGGUGGCCACACACCGGCUGUUGGACACCCCGAUCUUUGACAACAGCUACGCGGCAGCUAGCCCUGCUCGGGAGCCAGCACCGAGCCAGGAGCAGUCGACUCAGGAUCGCGAGAAGCACGUGGCCCUGGGCCGAGCCUUGGAAAACGCGAAGUUGGCGCGGGCCCAGACCGAGCAGCUCUCGGCUCUGGUGGCGGAGCAAGGUGACAAGCUGAAGGAGAUGAAGGCAAAAGCAGCUGAGUCCCAGAAGGAGUUCGAGAAGCUCCAAAAAGAAAGGCAGCGUCUGGAAGACUCGCUGCGGCGCUCCAAGGAGCUGCGGCACAGCGACGCCACCUUCGCGGCCCUGAAGCGACUGCAGGAGGCGCAGGCGACGCUGAAAGAGAAAGAGAAGGAACUGGAAAGCGCGCACCAAGAGAUUGACAAGGCCAAGGAGCACCUCGAGCAGAAGCGUGCUGCCCUGAAGAAGGAGCAAGAGCGCACGCAGCAGCUGGAAUCGCAAGUCGCGGAGGCGGAUGCGAAGGUGGAAGUCCUGGGCAAAGAGGAGCAAAAGAUGGAGGAGCGUCGAAAAGAACUGGAAGAUGAGAAGAGAACCCUGCAGGAGGUGAAAAGGAUGGACAAAGAGUAUGAGGAUCUGGAGGUGCAGGCUGUGCAGGAGAACGUGACACUCCAGACGGUUCAGAAACAGCUCAUGGAGGAGCAGCAGCGGACACAAGAACUGGCUGAGCGUUCCCGGCAGCAAUUGGAGGAAGAACAACAGCGGGCGGAGGCUGAGGCCAGCGAGGCUGAAGAGGAGCUCGCAGAGGCGAAAAUGGAGGAGGACGCGGAGUUCAAGGGCCAGGAGGCUACGCUGGAGCGAAAGUUCAAGGCGGAGCAGGCAGCGCUCCAGAAGCAGUUCGAGGAAAACGAAGCAGCUACUGAGGAGAGGGAAAAGAAGAAGGCCUUCUAUGCCUUGGAACCCCUUCGCGAGGAGAUCAGAGCCGUGGAGGACAUGGCCAAGGCUCACCGAAAGAAGAUCCGGGAGGACGAAGAGGAUGCCCAGACCGAGCUGAAGCAGCUGCAGGAUGAGCUGGCGCAUGAAACUGACGCCGAGAAGAAGCGAUUGGCCGAGCAUCAGUACCAGGUGCAGAGAAUGCAGAACAAGCAUUUGAAGAUUCAGCGCGACACUGAAGCGAAGCUGCAAAAGACAGAUCUGCAGCUGAAACGAGAGCAGUCUGAGAUGCCCGAGCAGCAGCGCCACCUGCAGGAAGUGCAAGGGCAGCUGGCCAAAGCCAAGGAUCGUUUGGAGAAGGCAGAGCGAGCUUUGGCAGAAGAAAAGGCCGAGACCAGGAGGCGAUUGGAUGAAGUUGCCAAGGAGGCAGCGAAGGAGGAUGCGCAGGCGGCGCGGCGAUUGAAGGAGAUGAAGGAUAAAGAUGAAGAGGCCAUCAACGUUUGGAAGGACAAGGGGCCCGCCCUUGCCGGGCAGGUGGACAAGGUGCGCACGCAGGGGCAACAAGAGCUGCAAACCAUCGAGGACAGAUUGGAUGCUGAGCAUAGAAGCUUGCAGGAGAAGCAGCUGGAAACGUCUCGCAAGGCUCAGAUUCUCCACGGUGCCUUGGAAAAGGAUGAGGAGCAGCUGAGAAAAGCCGAGGUCUAUUUGUCCAAGGAGAUGGAUGCCGCUAAUCUGGCAGAGUCGAAGGUCAAGGCAAUGCAGCUGGAGACCAAGGAGAAGCAGAAGGUGGAGCAGGCGGUUUCAACCUGGCGAUCGGCCCUGCAGUCGGCACUGGCCAGCGUUGCUCACCGUGUGCGAUGACCGAGCUCCACGCAUGCAGCCCAGAUGCCAGGUGUGCGGCUUUUGCAAAAAGCAAGCCGGCGCACAUGCUGCCUAGAUGCGAAGAGCAGGUUGCUCCAAAGCUUAGUAGACAUUUGACAUGCUAAACCAUGUUCUUAGCUAACCUUUGCAUG